CGGGGCGGGAGCGGCGGGCUGCCGGCCCAGGGGCCCUGCUGCGGCCGGCGGGGUUGACGCGCUGCUGGCGGAGGGUCGUGCUCGCGGGACUUUUUUUAAUCUGUUUUUGUGGGUUUUUUUUCUUUUUUUCUUUUGCUGAAGAAAAAUGUCUUCCUUGGGAGGGAAAGCGCAGACUGUCUUGGGCCUUGUGGAUCCAGACCGCCUUGGCUAUACGUUGACUCAUGAACAUUUGACUAUGAACUACAGCAGCUGUUUUUGUCCACCUUCUCCAGGCCAUGAGCCUCUGUCCGAUGGGCCCAUUGAGAUGAAGAACUUGUUUUGGAUUAAGCAAAAUCCCUACAGCCAUAAAGAAAACCUUCUUUUGUAUCAGGAGACAGAUGCUGUGAAGGAGGAGCUGUUGCAUUUUAAAGCAGCAGGUGGUGGGACGAUUGUGGAAAACACAACUACAGGAAUUGAUCGGGAUAUGAAUACUUUGAAGAAACUUGCUGAAGAAACUGGAGUCCAUAUUAUUGCUGGGGCUGGGUUUUAUGUGGAUUCCACUCAUUCUUCUCAAACACAGGCCAUGACAGUGGAGCAGCUUACAGGCAUUAUUGUUGAUGAGAUACUCAAUGGAGCGGAUGGGACUAACAUCAAGUGUGGUGUGGUGGGAGAAAUAGGUUGCUCCUGGCCUUUGACUCAGAGUGAACACAGAGUGCUUCAGGCAACAGCACAGGCUCAGUCCCAGCUUGGGUGCCCCGUUAUCAUCCAUCCUGGCAGGAACAGCGAUGCACCUUUCCAGAUUAUCCGCAUUCUGCAGGAAGCUGGGGCUGAUGUUUCAAAGACAGUCAUGUCUCACCUCGACAGGACUAUAUUUGAUACAAAGAAACUUCUGGAAUUUGCUAAACUGGGAUGCUAUUUAGAGUAUGACCUAUUUGGUACAGAAUUUCUUCAUUACCAGUUCCAUCCUGAUAUUGACAUGCCGAGCGACAAUGAAAGAAUCGCAAGGAUUCGUAUGCUGAUCGAUGAAGGCUAUGAAGACAGAAUUCUGAUUGCUCAUGAUGUGCACACUAAGAAUAGGCUGAUGAAAUAUGGAGGUCAUGGAUAUUCACAUAUCCUUAAAAAUAUAGUUCCUAAAAUGCUAAUUAGAGGCAUAUCCCAAGAUAAAAUUGAUAAAAUACUCCUAGCAAAUCCAAAGCGGUGGUUGACUUUUAAGUAGGAAUAAUGAGUAAAUAUUCUCAUGUUAUAUGGGAGCUUGAUAAAAUUCAGAUUUGUUUCAGGAGAGCAUGCUUUUUAAAACUUGGUUCUUUUCAGAGAAACUGGAAGUUAUUAAGUAGAUGCAAACAAACCAAUUAUGACUUAUUUUUAAUUAGAACAACAAAUUUAUGUAUUAUGUCUGCAUUUUCUCCCUUCUACAAGUCUGUUAAUGAAUGAUUUACUGGAUAUGAGCCUACCUGCAAAAUGUUUUCAAUUGAAAUUUUAAAAUAAUUGUUUCAAGAGAGUAAUCUAAUUAUUAGAAGUUACCCAAAAAUGUUUUUGAAGAUGCAUCAUCUGGACUUUGAAGGAAAUUAUGAUUUUCAAUUAAAUUCCCCUUCUCCAGGGGAUGAUUUUAAUCCUUGUAAUAUUGACAAUCUUCUAAUUAUCCUUAUAUUCUUUAAAUAAUGCUUGAUAAAAGGUCUGGGACUUUGAAGUAGCUUCCAUAGACAACAGAAGGCAAAAGAAAUCUCAAUUCUAAAAAGAUAUUGUUUCUUUUUAGUUUAAGAAUUUACUUGUUUUUAACUGAAAGUGUAAAAAAAUAAAAGGAAAAAUGUAUUUCUGAAUAAAGCAAUAUGAUGACCUCUUAAA